AUGCCGUCACUAUCUGAGAAUCAUCUUUCCAUGGCCGCAUGUCUAUUGGUUAUUUCUCUGUCUGUCACCGGGGCUUUGAAUGCAGUCGUAAUAUAUGAGCAUAGAAAGGAAAUGCAGUGUUACCUCUAUAAUAAUCAUAAACCCAAAAGAAGAGCAUCUGUAUCUUAUGGGGGAAGGUCUGGUGGCUUGCCAGAGAAAUCACAACGCUCCCGCAGUAUGUCUGUUAGUCCUGACCGGGCUCGUGCGCGAGGAAGAUCUCCGGCCUUCAAUGCCUUGGCAGCUACUUUCGAGAGCUCAAAUGUUAGAAACCUUUCAACUCCACCUCCAAUGAUUAGAAAACUGUACCCAAAAUCUAAGACACCAGAUUCAUCAUCACCAACAUCUAAAUCUUCAUCCAUAUCUAACAUUACUUCUGCUUUUGAACGGCCAUCAGCACGAGGAAGUUUGUUUCCUAGGUCGAUUAAAGGUACCUCCAAAUCGGACCCAGAGACAAAUAGUGACAAUGAGAAUUCUACGAGCAGCAUAGAAGAAUCUCUUACUAUACAGGAAGAUGUGAAAGAAGGUGAAGCUGAAGAUAAUGAAGGUCUUCCAGUAUACCCAUAUGAAAGUGUUAACACAGACUCUACCAAUCCUAUGCCAGACAUUGACGUGACUAAACGGGAGGCUUACCUGUCAAACGACGUGUUCAAAGAGAAACUGGGAAUGGCCAGGAGCGAAUUUUACACGUUGCCAAAAUGGAAACAGAACAAACUCAAAAUGGCUGUUCAGUUGUUCUGA